UAUAGGAAGAGGAAACCCUGUCCCUGUGCAGAGGAGGAAAUCCGACAGCCUAGAUGAGCACAGAGCGAUGCCGAUAGCGGGUUUAUUAGUCUUUCAUUUUUAUUAACUCCUUUCUGCAAACAGAGGAGUUGCUCGAGUGGCGGCGGGCACUGCAGCGCAGCCCCGGUGCAGCCAUGGGGCAGAAGUGCAUGGACAAGGUGUCCUCCUUCCUCUUCGAGUAUGACACCCCCAGGAUGGUGCUGGUGAGGAACAAGAAGGUGGGACUGACCUUCCGUCUGAUUCAGCUCAUCGUCCUGGCGUACAUCAUCGGGUGGGUCUUCCUCUACGAGAAGGGCUACCAGUCUCAGGACAGCAUCGUCAGCUCAGUCUCAGUGAAGCUGAAAGGUCUGACACUGACCAACGAGAGCGUCUUGGGCCCUCACAUCUGGGACGUGGUGGAUUAUGUUUUCCCACCCCAGGGGGACAGCUCAUUUGUGGUGAUGACCAACUUCAUUGUCACCCCUGGACAGAAACAAGGAACCUGCCCAGAGCUGCCCGACGCUGGGCUCUGCACGCAGGACAGCGACUGCAGCAAAGGGAAAUACAGCCGUCAGGGACAAGGGCUCAUGACGGGCAAGUGUGUGCAUUUCAACAGCUCUGUGAAGACCUGCGAGAUCUUUGGCUGGUGCCCUGUUGAAGUUGAUUACCACGUUCCUAGCCCUGCCCUGUUGUCAGAAGCAGAGAAGUUCACCUUGUUCAUCAAGAACAGCAUCACCUUCCCUAGGUUCAAAGUGUCCAGGCGCAACUUGGUUGAAAGCGUUACCAAACAGUACCUGAAGAAAUGCAUCUAUCACAAAGUCACUGAUCCCUUGUGCCCCGUGUUUGACCUGGGAUACAUAGUGAGGGAAUCGGGCCAGAAUUUCACCUUCCUGGCUGUUAAGGGUGGAGUUGUGGGCAUCACCAUAGACUGGAACUGUGACCUUGACUGGCCCAUCCGAUACUGCAAACCCAUUUACCAGUUCCAUGGCCUUUACAACGAUGACAGUAACGUCUCACCGGGCUUCAACUUCAGAUAUGCCAAAUACUACAAAGAAGAUGGGAUGGACAAGAGGACGCUCUACAAGGUGUUUGGGAUCCGGUUUGACAUUUUGGUGAACGGCAAGGCAGGCAAAUUUGACAUCAUCCCAACCAUGACCACAAUUGGCUCUGGAAUUGGUAUUUUUGGAGUGGCCUCUGUCCUCUGCGACCUGCUCCUCCUGCAUUUUCUCCAAGGAAGGGACUACUACAAGCAGAAGAAAUUCAAAUACGCAGAACAGGAGCCUUCGAAGUCACAUAAGAAGGAAAAGAAGCUGGACAACUCGCAGUGAGAGCAGAAUCUACACUGACCAACAAACCCACACCCUCUUUCUCCUCCUCCUCUCCUAAAACGUGGUUGUCAUCCCCUGUCACCAACCUGCACUAGCCCCAAGACCAGCAGAAGCGGUGUCCGACGCCGGCUCAUGGGAACGAGGUGCCCUGCAGCCAGGGCAGGGGAUGAACGGGUGGGUGCUCUGCCUCUGGUGGCACAUGCUGCGAGGCUGUGGGUGGAUGAAACUUGUGCUGGGCAUCAAGGAGCCACUAAGGCAUCCCCACCAUCCCUGCUGCUGCCACCAUUGCAGGCACUUCCAAAAGGCUCCUCCUGUGCCCUGCCUGCUGUGCUGGGGCUGUGCCAGGGCAUCCCACACCUUGGAGCCCCUGGAGAGCAUCACUGCCUCUCCUGCCCCAGUGGCACUCUUGCCAGCUCCAAAGUGAGGAGAGAGGGAGGGAAGGAGAGCUGGCAGGAACCAUGCCCCAUCCCUCCACAUAGGGAAAAAAAUGGUUAUUUUGUAAGGAUGUAUUUUAUUAAAAAAAAAAAAUAAACUUUUAGUUUUUCUACUACGUGCCUUUGCAGUGCUCAUGGUUGCCCCAGGGGAGAGGGUGCGCGGUGCUCUUUGGCACUGGUGGGGUUGUGCCUGCGAAGCAAUCCUGUAAACCAGGCUGGAGCACGCAGCCCUGCAAUGGGCUCUGUGCAGCUUCCCCGGCUCUGCCUUCCCAUUCUCGGCCCCUGGGCCACCAGCCAUGAGCAGGGGCUGUUAUCAGGGCUGUCACUUGGGUUUCCUCCUCAGACAGCGCAGUUGGCGGGGAGUGCUGGAGCGCUGCUGGCCGUUAGGAACAGAUGCCCUGCACCAGCUCUGCCUCCCACUGCCCACACCAGUCAGGAUUAGCCAGUCAGAACUGUCUUUCUUGGCAGUAGCCUCAUAAACCAGCUCUUUGCACUCAGGAACAAAACGUCUCUCUGCUAGAAGAUUUGCUCUACCCAGUGUGUGCAGUUGGACACCGUACGCCCAAGCCUCGCGUCACUAUGAGCAGCCCCUGCCCUGUGCUUCUGGCUCUGCUCAAUACUCCAGGAUGUAUCAGCAUGGACUUUUUGCACAGUCUCUCUCUCUCUAAUGUCAUUUUGCAGCCCUUGGAAGAGAUUUGCUUUGGUCACUUCAAAACUGGAUGCCAGCUGCUGUAAGAAAGGCAGCAAAGGAGCUAUAGGGACUGCUCGAGUUAUGGCUGCGGUGCUGCUGACAGGGAGAGGUGAGCUAGCAUUGUGCAGGACAGACACGCCGCACCGGGCUCUGAGGGACGUGCCCCAGACUGUUGCAGAUUAUAUGUUCUUGAGUUGUGCCAGGGCAGGUUUAGAUUGGAUUUUAGGAAAAAUUUUGUUACU